GAUUUAGCAAACUGUUGUGGCUGUCAUAGUGAAAGCGGUGUCAUCGUGAAAUUAGUACAUUAAUAAGAUAAUACCGCGUCUUCGUAGUUUGUAGUGACUUUUUAAUAAUUCAUUUUUUUUAAUUAUUAUGAAACAUUGUGUCAGAUAUAACAACACGACUGUCAAAGAAAUCAGGUUCAUCUAAUUUCACUUUGUGUUCAUCGAUACCUUAAUACAAACGCUAAAAUGUGGGUACUAAGAAUUGAAUACGGAAUAACGGGAUAAGAACUAGUCGAACUCGUUUUAAUUUUCUCAUUUAAUAAGGACAAAAAAACGUUCCUUAGCAUUAAUGGAAUCGAUGUGACUCGCGAACACAGAGCUGUUAUUAAAAUAUGGCAAUGAGGAAUUAGACCCGCGAACGAAGCUGUAUGGAUGCUGUCAAAAGUCAAAUUCGAUAAAAAGCAAUAUCACUACGACUUGCCGCAUUUGUAUUUUUAAUUUGAGAAAAACAAAAUGAGUUCAAUUGGCACCGGGUAUGAUCUAUCAGCUUCUCAAUUUUCUCCUGAUGGCAGGGUUUUCCAAGUUGAAUAUGCAAUGAAAGCGGUAGAAAAUAGCGGAACAGUAAUAGGACUGCGAGCUAAAGAUGGAAUAAUACUAGCGGCAGAAAAACUUAUUAUGUCAAAAUUACAUGAACCAUCAACUAACAGAAGAAUCUUCAACAUUGAUAAACACAUAGGAAUGGCAUUUUCUGGCUUGAUAGCAGAUGCAAGACAAAUUGUUGAAAUUGCAAGGAAAGAAGCAGCCAAUUAUAGGCUUCAAUAUGGAACAAAUAUUCCUCUUAAGUAUCUAAAUGAUAGAGUCAGUAUGUACAUGCAUGCAUAUACACUAUAUAGUGCUGUUAGGCCAUUUGGAUGUAGUGUGAUAUUGGCAAGCUAUGAAGAUAACGAGCCAUAUAUGUAUUUAAUUGAUCCAUCAGGAGUGAGCUAUGGUUAUUUUGGAUGUGCUACUGGAAAAGCUAAACAAUCUGCAAAAACUGAAAUUGAAAAAUUGAAAUUAGGACAACUUACGUGCAAGGAACUUGUUAAAGAAGCAGCGAAAAUCAUUUACCUUGUGCACGAUGAACUCAAAGACAAAAAUUUUGAAUUAGAACUUUCAUGGGUAUGUAAAGAUACUGAUGGUUACCACGUCAAAGUUCCUGAAUCAGUAUUUGCUGAUGCUGAAAAAGCAGCUAAACAAGCUAUGGAGGCGGAUUCGGAAUCUGAGACUGAAGAAAUGUAAUUUUGGUAGUGAUUAGUAAUGAUUAAUAUAAGUAUAAUUGUUGCCACUUCAAUUUCUAAUAAAGAUUCAAUAGAUUUUAUAUGCUUUUA